AUGGCCAGACACGAGGUGCGGGAGCUGGAGCAGAGGCAGAUGCAGGAGUGGGGCGUUCGGGAGCCGAGCUGGACCCAGACGGACUCAGAUGAGGACCUGGUGAUUGUCUAUAACCGGGUCCCCAAGACGGCCAGCACCUCCUUCACCAACAUCGCCUACGACUUGUGCGGGAAGAACCACUACCACGUCCUGCACAUCAACACGUCCAAGAACAACCCCGUCAUGUCCAUCCAGGACCAGACGCGGUUUGUGAGGAACGUGACCGAGUGGAAAGAGAUGAAACCAGCGUUCUACCACGGCCACGUCUCCUUCGUCGACUUCACCAAGUACGGGGUGAAAAGAAAACCCAUUUACAUAAACGUGAUCCGCGACCCCAUAGAGCGCCUCGUCUCCUACUACUACUUCCUGCGCUUCGGGGACGACUACAGACCAGGACUGAGGCGGAGGAAGCAGGGGGACAAGAAGACAUUUGAUGAGUGUGUUUCUGCCGGAGGGUCGGACUGUGCUCCAGAGAAGCUGUGGCUGCAGAUCCCCUUCUUCUGUGGACACUAUUCAGAAUGCUGGAACGUGGGCAGUCAGUGGGCACUGGAGCAGGCCAAGAGCACCCUGGUGAACGAGUACCUGCUGGUGGGAGUCACCGAGGAGCUGGAGGACUUCGUCAUGAUGCUGGAGGCUGCACUGCCACGGUUCUUCAGAGGAGCCACCGAGCUCUACAGGACAGGAAAAAAAUCCCACCUGCGGAAAACCACGGAAAAAAAGCCGCCGACCAAAGAAUCCGUGGCCAAACUUCAGCAGUCGUCGAUCUGGAAAAUGGAAAACGACUUUUACGAAUUCGCCUUGGAGCAGUUUCAGUUCGUACGCGCCCACGCCGUCCGGGAGAAAGACGGGGAACUCUACCUGUUAGCCCAAAACUACUUCUACGAGAAAAUAUACCCCAAGAACAGAGACCGGAAAUGA